UCCGUGGCAAUUUAUGCUGUUUGUGAAUAGCCUCACUCCUAAUGGACACGAUGUUAGUUUCGUUACAUCUAGCCAUCUUUCCUUGUCGCCCAUCCCUUGUAGAGCUAUAACGUUAAAAUUCUUGUUGUAAAACCUGUUAUUCACUCAAAACGAGACAAGUAAGGGUUUCAAAUAGCCUCCUAUCACUUCAAGUCAUGUGGUGCCACGUAUGCAUUUUGGGGCCCAACUUUAAGAAAAGAAAGAACCUUAAGAUUUUCAGAACUUUCUGGAUUUUAGGAUUGUGUGUAGGAGAUCAUGGAUAUUAUAGAAAUCACAUCAUGAGUUAAGCAGCAUUUAAUGGCCUGUCCUUGGAACCUAAUCAGUGUUUUAUGAGAACAAGUGUUUUUCAAAUGACCGACAAAACAAACGUUUGGCACACAAUCCAUUUACAAUUUGGUGACUGUAUUAAUGAAAAUAAUCAAGAGCCACGUUUUGAACUGUGUACAGAGCUAAUAUAAAUAUAUUCAUAUUAGUCAAUGUGCACUGUCAGGUCGUGACACUUCUUAUCUCCUCCUUCCCAAAAUCCCAGACUUCAUGAAAUAGUUUCUCUCCCUUUUGUCAUUCAUACUUCCCUGUUAACUCCUAGUUAGCUUGCCCUAGAUUUCUCCUGAUGGCACUCACUCUGGGUGCUUGACAGUCUUAAUCAGGGCAAGCGGAUGAGGUAUGGAAGCCACAGUGAUUUCAGUCUUAAGGGAUCCAAGCAUUUAAAAAAUAUGUGAAGAAUGCUUUUUUAAAAUUAAUAAUCCUCACAAUUGUGUGAUGGAAUUUAAAAUAAUGGGGAUAAAAUCUCAGUGUAAAAUCCCUGAGAACUUCAACUUUUCUUUGAAGAAAAUAUUUUUGUACUAGUGCUGAUCUCACAAAUGGAGUAUUUUGUUUAAACAGUGGAGGAACUCCAGGGUGCUUGGAGGGCUCAGUCGGUUAAGCGUCCAACUUCGGCUCAGGUCAGGAUCUCACGGUUUGUGAGUUGGAGCCCCACCCACGUCGGGCUCUGUGCUGACAGCUCAGAGCCUGGGAACCUGCUUCAUAUUCUGUGUCUCCCUCUCUCUCUCUCAGCCCUUCCCCCGCUCACGGUCUGUCUCUAUCUCUCAACAAUGAACAAAUGUUAAAAAAAAUUUAAACAAUGAAGGGAUCUCAAAUCUAUAGGAAAGCCAAAAGUGACAUUAAAAACAGAAAUACUUAAAAGCUGUAAAAAUGGAAGACAGGAUUAUAAAUAAUUUGCACGUAUUUUGUCAUCAGGAAUUCCAAUGGCAUACAGAAAUGCCAAAUAAAUGAAUUGUGUUUCCAGUUGAACAACCCUGAGGGUGUGACAACACCAUGAACUGUUUUUUGAAAUCCUGUCGACUAGAAAACCUGUAGGCCCUUGCUGUAGUAUGGAUUCCUUGUAUCAUAGGUCAAAUGAGGCCACUAUAAAUUUUUUUAGUCUAUCUUAGAAAAUGCAGAAAACAGAGUGUGCUGUCCCCAAAAUCGAAUGUCACAACAGCCACAGAGCAUGGCACACAAUUUCUUCAGCUCUCUGCCCCUCCUUAUGCCUUGGUAUCGUAGGUAGUUUCAGGUGAGUGCGUCUUUGCACAAAUUAGAGACAAGACAUGCACAUUCCUGCGUUAGUAAAUGCAUUUUUCUUGAUCCCCAGCUUUCUGUUACUUAGGUGGCUAUGGACUGUAACAUACAAUAGAGUCCCCUGACAUCUUUUUGACAAUUAUUUCUAGUGUUCUUGGUGAUGGUUAGUGAAUUUCUCUGUGAGGAGAGGUGGGCAGAAAUUCUGACCAGAAAUAGGGACACUUGUCAUGAUGAAAACAUAAUCAAAAUGGAAUGACAAUACUUGGCCUCUUAGCAUUUAUUUAGUGCAGAAAUAUUAAAGGUAGCCUUUAUUUUAAGGUGGUUUUUCUGCUCUUCCUUGCUCACCCCAAUGACAGGGACAACAACCACCACAAACUUUAAAAUUCUACAUUGAAAAGUUGCCCAGUCAUUCAGUGAUGUCAGUGAUAAAGGCUGGACCGCAUUUAGAGCAGCCCCGAAGAAAGGAGAAUUUAUUAUAGUUGUAAAGAUCCCUUUUUACCUUUUAAUUAUCUGUGCCUCUUCCGGUUCGUGUUUGCUCUGGCAUCUUUUGGAAAAGCACUGUGCUCUGCAUCGCAUGUACACUUCUUUUCUGAAAUGUGCAGUACUCUCCACAUUGCAGUGAUUUCCACCCCCCGCCUUUGCUUGGAACAGAGGUGAAAACCCCAGUGGAUUCAAGUAUCCACUUGAUAGGCUCAGUCUCUCUUAAUCAGCCUGUAAUGGAGCUAAUGGCUGUUUGUCAUCCUUGGAGAUAUAAAUUUCCUGGCGGUGUCUCCUGCAGACAGUGCAUGAAGUAUGCUCUGUGUGCCAGCAAGGACUGAUAAUCAGCAGAAGGGCAGGGUGCUUCGUUAGCCAGGAGAAGAGCUGGGGCUCCCCGGCUGCCAGGCUACAGAACUCGCCUCGCCACUCCUGAGACAUGGACAAUGCCGUUGAUGGACUCGACAAAGCUUCCAUAGCAAACUCAGAUGGCCCAACAGCAGGCUCCCAAACACCUCCCUUCAAGAGAAAGGGGAAACUCUCCACCAUUGGUAAAAUCUUUAAGCCUUGGAAAUGGAGGAAAAAGAAGACCAGUGACAAAUUCAGAGAAACCUCAGCAGUAUUAGAAAGGAAGAUAUCCACAAGACAAAGUAGAGAGGAGCUGAUAAGAAGGGGCGUUCUUAAGGAGUUGCCUGAUCAAGAUGGAGAUGUAACAGUUAACUUUGAAAAUUCAAACGGGCACAUGAUACCCAUCGGAGAGGAAUCUACCCGAGAGGAAAAUGUAGUAAAAUCUGAAGAAGGUAAUGGCUGUGUAGCUGAAAAAACACCACCUCUGGAGGAAAAGGCAGAAGAUAAGAAAGAGAACACUGAAAACCACCCUGAAACACCGGCUCCUGCUCCACCUCCUCCAGCUCUUCCUAGGCCUAAACCCAAACCUAAACCCAAAAAAACACCGGGGCCUCCAAAAGGGGCUGCUGCUGGGGUAAGCCCCAAGGGUGAUGAAGUGCCUCCUAUUAAAAAAAUUACCAAGGCUCCUGGUAAGCAGGCCCCCGUCCCUCCACCCAAGCCAGCAAGCCGAAACACGACCCGAGAGGCUGCUGGUUCCUCUCAUUCAAAAAAACCAACUGGGUCCAAAGCAUCAGCUUCACCAUCGACUUCCUCCACCUCAUCUCGUCCUAGAGCUUCAAAGGAGACACUUUCUAGCAAAACAGGGACAGUGGGAAUCACAAAGGGCAAGAAAAAAACCGGCAAGCUGCCAACCUCUCGACCGUCCUCAGAGGCAACCACUUCGGGCACGUCCGACCUUAGAGGAGACCCUUCUGAGACGAGGGUGGAGAGUCUCAAACCUGAGCAGACCGUCCCUGGGACCGAUGAGCGGACCACAGGCAAACCCGAGUCUGCGGUGCCUCCACCCCCUGUGGCUUCACCCCCUGCUCCCCCCGCCCCUCCACGUACUCUCGAGGAGCAGUGCACUGUUGCCCCAGACACGCCUGUGGUCCUGGUCAGCGAUGGAGCGGCCCUGCCCGCCCCUGCCUUAGACCCGAGUCAGCUUCUCUGGACCGAAGAGCCAACCAACAGAACCACUGUCCUCUCAGGCACUGGCUUAAGUGUUAGAGAAAAUGCAAAAUGCAGUUUUACAACCAAAGAUGAGCCGGGGAAGGCGGCACCUCAUCUGCUGACUCCUGGGCUGAUGGGAGAAUCUUCCGGAUCCUUCAGUGCCCCGGAGGAUGAAGGCCAAAGGGAAUACCAGGCCAAUGACUCUGACUCCGAUGGGCCUGUCUUGUACACUGAUGAUGACGAUGAUGAAGAGGAUGAGGACGAGGAUGGCAGUGGGGAAAGUGCUUUGGCAAGUAAAAUACGACGAAGGGAUACUCUUGCUAUCAAACUUGGCAACAGACCAUCUAAAAAGGAACUAGAAGACAAAAACAUCUUGCAGCGCACAUCUGAAGAGGAGAGGCAGGAAAUCCGGCAGCAGAUUGGAACCAAGCUCGUCAGGAGACUUAGCCAGAGGCCCACAACUGAAGAAUUAGAGCAAAGAAAUAUCCUAAAACAAAAGAAUGAAGAGGAAGAACAAGAAGCAAAAAUGGAACUUAAGCGCAGACUCAGCAGAAAGCUCAGCCUGAGACCUACAGUGGCCGAGCUCCAAGCUCGAAGGAUCCUGCGGUUUAAUGAGUAUGUGGAAGUCACCGAGUCUCCUGACUACGAUCGCCGGGCAGACAAGCCCUGGGCCAGGUUAACACCUGCAGACAAGGCAGCAAUAAGGAAGGAACUAAAUGAAUUUAAAAGCACAGAAAUGGAAGUUCAUGAAGAGAGUCGACAGUUUACAAGGUUUCACCGUCCAUAAAGAAGUGUGAGACUCUGGAAACAUAGACUGGUCAUCUUUGGGGGAAGCCUCUCUUCCUGAAGACCUGAUAUUGCACUGGGAUUUGAAUGUGUGUGUUUCCGUUUAAUUGGGGAAGGAAGUGUGUGGAAAGUGCUCCCCACCUCUACAGCCCAGAUAGGGCCAACAAGCAAAGGGACAGGUGCAGUGACUCUGCUGUCCAGCAUGUGUAUUGAUGGUAAGCAACACCAUGGUUGUAUCAGUUACUCUCCAUCAGGAGUUUUAAUCAAGGAAGAUGAGCAGAAGACAAUCACUGGGUCCCUGUUACCAGAAAGCCAAAUUGUAGAGCGCGGGUUAAAGAGAAAUGGGGACUGGAAUUGCUGGGCACUGGAAAGGGGUAGGGGUUGAAAACCAGAGAAGAAGAGAAAUAUCUCAUUAUGUUAAUGAAGAAAAGAAAAAAAAAUCAAGGCGUAAAUAUUUUUGAAGUAGGCUUUUGGUAGCUGAGAACUUAUUAAGGGAUUUUGGAAUCUAAUCACCCAAUGUGGAUUCCUUAAAGACCGGAUCCUAGAAGAAUAUUCCCGUUUCACCGUUAUGUUGGUGCAGUAUAGUACCAUUAUUUUAUGUUGUGCCAGUGAAUCCAAUUGCCAGAAAUAAGUCUGAGUGUUUUCAUGCAUCUUUUUCUUAAAUGCAAGAGACGUUUAUUGACUCUUAACAAGCAUGCCUGCCCAAAUUUUGUUGCAUGUUUCAAGUAACAUAGCUAUAUACACACUUUUUAUUUUUUUAUACUCCUUAUCUAAUGUACCAGACUUCUACAAGGAUAACAGGACUGGGAAUAAAGUCAGAUGAAUGUGACCCUAUAAAUCUCUAGGAAGCUCCAGAAAUAAAUCUUUUGGUCUUUCCCUAGCUUGAUUAUCUUCAAAGUCAAAGCAACCAUGCUUGAUCUAAGGAAGAUAAUAUUGACAAUCACGACACCUUUUUCAAAAAAAAAAAAUCUGAAUCCAAAGUUAAAACUUAAAUGCAAGUGUUCUGCCAGCAGUUAUGUCUGAGUGGGCAUGGAAAGGACUACUCAUUUUCAAGGCUGCAUUAAGUUGGAUUGCUGCUAUUAAAAAAAUUAAGUACAUGGAUCAAAAAAAUACUCAUCCAAAGGCUUAAAAGAACACAGGGAAUUUCCGCAAAGUGGCGAGUGAGGAGGACCUCAUUUUAUAUUUUAAGAGUCUGCAGAUUACAUCCAUAAAUAUAGCAUUGACUUUCAGUGCAAAAGAAUCAGUGAGCUUAAAGUUUGGAAGUCAUGGAAGGUUUCUCUGGGAGUCUACACUCAGUAUUGAGACACCCUCAAUUGCCAUCUUGCCGUUUUUAAUGGAGUCACAGGCACAGCAUGGCUUCUGCUCCCAAACACAUAUGAUCAGAUGUAAAUACCCCUUGCAUUUAAUUGUUCUUUCAUGAUUGUUUUGUGCUCCUUGUAUUGAAAACACAUGAGACAUAAAAUAACAAGACAGGACACGGUAGACUUUAUUUUAUUCUCAGCGCUCAGGCUAGAAUUUUCUGAAAUGUUUCUGGUUCAUAAUAUGGAAGACUGUAAUUUGCAAUUUCAACCAAAAUAGCAAACAUUUAAUCUGGGGGAUAAGUUUGGAUCCUGUCGUUCAUUUGUAUUUUACAGAACCACUUGAAAUUGAAUGAUUUUGCUUACAAAUAAAAACUUUUAGCCCCAGUUGGCCUGUUACAAAAAGCUGGGACCAUUUUAUAACCAAGAAAAGAAGUUGCCCUUCUUGCUGCACUCAGCUGUGUGCACUAAAAAACCCAGAUUCUUCACUGUUGUCAUUUUAGUACUAGUACAAGAUGAACUUUUGCUUUUGAAGAAAAAAAAAAUUCUGCAUGCCCAAGUGUUUUUUCUUUCUGGCUGAAAGGUUUCCCCAUGUCACGGUGCUUCGAUCCAGCCAUGGGCAUUAAGUUAGUGCUGAUUCUUGCCCAAGUCCUCCCUUUCCUUAUAUUAUGAGAUGAUCACUUUUGUGUCUUGGGAAAAAGUCCAAGGAAUGUAAUGUUAUUUUAAUUUUCUAAUCUUUAAAUAUUACCUUAAUUUCUAGUCACAAGGCCUCUAUAAAAUGCUAAAUAUAAGACAUUUAUCACUGUUUUGGCACUCAAGAUACAGGUCAUGGCAAGUCUCUAUUUGGUUGAUAAAAGGAACAAUUUUUUCCCCAUUCGUGGUGCCUGUGAUGCAGUUUU